UUAACUUAGCAAAUACAAAUUUUAUUUAGCAAAAAUCAACUUAGCAUAUAUAUUUUUUAACUUAGCACUGAAAUAGGUGCCCUUAUUAUAUUUCAUUUAUUUUCUUUUUAUUUAUUUAUUUUUGUUUAAAUAGAUUUUAGUUUAAAUGAAACAACAGCAAAUGAAGAGGAUAAUAAACAGAUAACAAUUGUUGGUCCAAUAACAAUUUUACCUCGAAUUUCUAAUCAAUAAAUCAUCAUUGACUUCGAUAAAGCUCAACGUAAAUCGUGUUCUUUUAUUCGUUUGUUUUUUUCUUUGUAUAGAUGAUUUAUAUCAUCAAAUCAAAAUUCGUUUUUUUUUCUUUCAACAAAAAAAAAUUUAUUCACAAAUUUCUUUUUUGGUUUAAUUUAGGAAGGUGACGAUCAACCUCGAUCAUCUGUUAUAGAUAAUUCUUUUUCACUUCCACUUUCACAAUCAUCAACUAAAGUUUUAUCUUCAUUAGCACUUGGAAAUUCCGAUAGAUCUUGUGCAAUAAUUAAAACAAAUGAUUCAAAUAAGCCAACUUCUGCAACGAACAAUAAACAAAAUGUAUCAAAUUCAAGACGAUCAGGUCUUCAAUGUGCCAAUUGUCAAACACAAACUACAACUUUAUGGAGACGAAAUAAUGAUGGUGAUCCUGUUUGUAAUGCAUGUGGUUUAUAUUAUAAACUUCAUCAUAUUUAA